UCUUGAUGUUCUGAAAUUUGGCCGAAGACUGAAAGGCUUCGUCCGCAGUGACCUUGACGGCCUCCAGCUUCUCCGCUUCUCCUCUUAUUUCUUUCUCGGCUAUCUUCAUUCCGGCAGCCGAUCUCAGGCGUGGAGAUCAGGAGCAACUGAUAAAAAACCCAAAACCCAGAUGAGUCCGAAUCAAACUCGAUCCCGCCCACCAGCUACCUCGGGACUCACGACAACCAGGUUUCUCCAAUACCGGUCCGGGUCCGGGUCCGGGUCCGGGUCCGCCGUGCAAGCCAUACUCCAUUGCUCCCUGUUCGGGGGUGGAUAUCGCUCCCUUUUCUGUGGCCAAAAAUUCUGCUUCGGCUGUGCAUAGAUCACAUUCUCCGAUCACUUGGCUCUCCUCCUGCUCGUCCUCCCGGAGAAUGCUUAUGGCCAGUGACUUCUGCCGGCUCGCCAACUUUCCGCGGCCUCAGCCCACCACCAACCACAGAGGAGCUUGGCGGGGUUCUUGCUCUCCCAGGCCUUUCCCCUCUGAUGGCCGUCCCUCGGAACCGUGGGCUUUCAGGUGCCUGCGGAUUGCCCGGCCUUCUGCUGUCUCACGAGGCCGCAGCGUCUCCUGUCGAGCCGCCGAAAUCACCACUGAUCCGGGCCAAGACCGGCUCAUGAAGGUCCCCAUAUCAAAUAUUAGAAACUUCUGCAUCAUUGCGCACAUUGACCAUGGGAAGUCCACCUUAGCAGAUAAAUUAUUGCAGUUGACUGGUACGGUACAGAAGAGGGAGAUGAAAGAACAAUUCCUAGAUAACAUGGAUUUAGAAAGAGAAAGAGGUAUCACAAUCAAAUUACAGGCAGCCAGGAUGCGUUACAUUUUGGAAAAUGAACCGUAUUGCCUUAAUUUAAUUGAUACUCCAGGGCAUGUGGACUUCUCAUAUGAGGUUUCUCGUUCUCUUGCGGCUUGUGAAGGUGCCCUUCUUGUUGUAGAUGCUUCUCAGGGUGUGGAAGCUCAGACAUUAGCUAAUGUUUAUCUGGCUCUGGAAAACAACCUUGAGAUUAUACCAGUGAGGGUUUUGAAUAAAAUAGAUCUGCCAGGUGCUGAACCAGAUCGUGUUUCCCAAGAGAUCGAAGAGAUUAUUGGAUUAGAUUGCAGUGAUGCAAUUCAUUGUUCAGCUAAGGAGGGAAUAGGUAUAUCUGACAUUCUUAAUGCUAUAAUCACAAGGAUUCCUCCCCCCAAGGAUGCUGCUGGAAAUCCUCUUAGAGCUCUUAUAUUUGAUAGCUACUAUGAUCCAUACAGAGGUGUAAUUGUUUAUUUUCGGGUUGUUGAUGGAACUAUAAAGAAAGGUGAUAAGAUAUAUUUCAUGGCUAGUGGGAAGGAUUACAUUGCUGAUGAAAUUGGCGUCUUGUCACCCAAUCAACUGCCAGUAGAUGAGCUUUAUGCUGGUGAGGUGGGCUAUCUUUCAGCUUCAAUAAGAUCAGUUGCAGAUGCCAGGGUUGGUGACACAAUUACUCACUUUGGUAGAAGGGCAGAGAGCUCUUUGCCAGGAUAUGAGGAGGCCCGACCCAUGGUGUUUUGCGGUCUAUUCCCUGUUGAUGCUGAUCAAUUUCCUGAGUUGCGUGAUGCAUUGGAAAAGCUUCAACUCAAUGAUGCUGCUCUGAAGUUUGAGCCUGAAACUUCUAGUGCUAUGGGUUUUGGUUUUCGAUGUGGGUUUUUAGGUCUUCUCCAUUUGGAAAUUGUUCAGGAAAGGCUUGAGAGAGAGUACAACUUGACAUUGAUAACAACUGCACCAAGUGUAGUUUACCGAGUCAAUUGUAUAAACGGUGAUACUAUUGACUGCUCAAAUCCAACUUUACUGCCAGAGCCUGGAAAGAGAAGGCAAAUUGAAGAACCAUUUGUUAAGAUCGAAAUGCUCACACCAAAGGAAUAUAUAGGUUCUCUAAUGGAGCUUGGUCAAGAAAGAAGAGGUGAAUUUAAAGAAAUGAACUUUAUCACAGAGAAUAGAGCCUCAAUUAUUUAUGAGUUACCGCUCGCAGAGAUGGUUGGGGAUUUCUUUGAUCAGCUGAAGUCUAGAAGCAAAGGAUACGCUAGCAUGGAAUACACUUUUGUGGGUUACAGGGAAAGUGAAUUGGUGAAGCUUGACAUCCAUAUCAAUGGUGAGCCUGUUGAACCAUUAGCAACAAUCGUCCACAAGGAUAAGGCAUAUGCAGUAGGGAGGGCUCUGACUCAGAAACUGAAAGAACUAAUUCCGAGACAGAUGUUCAAAGUACCCAUACAAGCAUGUAUUGGUGCAAAGGUGAUUGCUAGUGAAUCCUUGUCAGCAAUCAGGAAAGAUGUUCUGUCAAAAUGUUAUGGUGGUGAUAUAACAAGGAAGAAGAAGUUGCUAAAGAAGCAGGCUGAAGGAAAGAAAAGGCUGAAAGCAAUUGGCAAGGUUGAAGUCCCACAAGAAGCCUUUAUGGCUGUUUUGAGACUAGAAAAGGAAGUAAUAUGAUAUCCUGUGUAAUCAAAAUCAAUCAAAGGGCCGAAUUAAUCAUCUGGUGCUAGCAACUUUUCUCUCCAUCAUGUGUUGAAGAGAUAUCCAAGUUCCAUAUGAAGAGCAUCACAGGCUUCAUAAUUUUCCUGUCAUUCUCUUUUCCAUACGCUUGCAGCUGAAGGACAUUAAAGGCCCUGAGUUGCUUGCUUGUUGAUUUUUCCACUUUUAUCAGUACCUUGCAGUGAACUUUCAAAUGUUGCAUCUGAAUACAAGCUAAACUGUCUUUGCUUGGCCAGAAUGCUUACUCGUUUCUAACUCCAAAAUACACUCAGAAGCACAAAUGAAGCAUUUACUAAUUUAUAUGCAUUAUUCAUUCAACAGCUUAGGGGAUAUGAGCAGGAAAAAAAAAUCUUCAAAUUUUGCUUUUACAUAAUGUGAUUGGUAAAUCUCUGAGAUUUGUUCCAAUCAAUGUGUACUUUUGUUUGAAUAAGAGUUGGAUUCUAUGAGCUUUCCAUAA